CCCACCCGGCUUUUGCCCCGCCCCUCCCUCCGCUCCCAAGUAUCCCGUGUGUCGUUCGGCUCCCAGGUAGCAGACGGGAGCCUGGAUUCCUGGGUCUCACCCGAAUAGGAGAGCCCGGAUUUUGGGGCAGGUGGUGAGGCAGGACUCAGGGCGCACGAGGAAGGGGAGCGCGCCUCUGAGCAUGGACAGAGUGCAUUUCGCCACCGAUUAACCUUUGCGCACCUGGAGGGAGGCGGGGCUUCUGCAUGUGCUGCGUUCUGGCCGGAUUUGAAGCCCAGCAGCUCCCGAUUUCUUUCUUCGGGUGGGUGGGGAGAGUUCAUUGCUGCUGGUGGAGCUAUCCGUGUGUCAAAGCUCCUGGGCUCAGAAGUGUUUUGUUGCCCUGGGAAAUGAUUCCCGGUGAAAGGAGGGUGGAGGCGCCCAGCUGCAGCUUCCAGAGAAAAGCAUUUUCUUCCUGUCGAGUCAGGACCUUUUAACUGGGUCCCAGACCCCCUGGAUCCAUUCCCCCUGCCUAUCAUUGUGAACUGCUGGUGGUAGGAUGCAGAACACUUAGUUGUAUCUCUCUUUCUGUGUAGGAUCAAGUAGUUUAUCUCCCUGUUUCUCAAAAUAGAAAAAAAUAGUAGAGGCGCAGUCAUUUUAAUUUUAAAUUUUUUUCCAUGGAUUCUCCUCCAUUAGAAAAAUUUGGGAAGCAAUUUGGUUGUCUUCGGCCACUCUCCCACUCUGCAGCGCCUGAAACCAGCUGUAUCUUCUAUUACGAUUUCUGCUCUGCCUUUUGGUGAAACUCUGCUUUAAAACCCUGGCACAUCUCGCUUUUGCAAAAUAGCUCUGCACACAAAUCCGUAACAUUCUUGUUACCUGCUAUUUCAAAACAAACUGCAUUGCAUAUUGACACUGACUUACUUGAUCAAACUAUCGAAUCAACCACUUGUAUGGAUGGCUUGCUCCACUAGUCCCAGGUGUGUUGCUGGUUGGGCUGCCUUUACCUGAGCUCCUUAGAGGGCAGCCUGCUUGUUUUAAGUAAGGGCUUACCUAUACGCACUCCGUGUCCGAGCGUGUGCUGUGGCUGUUUUGCCCCAAGCUUUCCCCAUUCUCUGUGGCAGCCCAUAAGUUGUGGAAUUCCCUUCCCACAGAGGUGCGCCUGGAUUCCUCGAUGUACAGCUGUCACCAAAUACCAAAGACACACCUCUGGCCUUCAACACCUGAGGCUUUGUACGAGAACAGUAUACCGUUUGACUGUCCCGCGUGGGAUGCAUGCUGCUCCUCGGAUCUCCUCGCUGCUCCUCGGAUUUCGAGCUCCGGCUGCUCCAGUGAGGGACGCGGAACACCAUGGCUGAAGCCGUGCAUUACAUCCACCUCCAGAACUUCAGCAAGUCCCUCCUGGAGACGCUGAAUGGGCAGCGCCUGGGCGGGCAUUUCUGCGACGUGACAGUGCACAUCCAGGAGGCCACGCUGCGUGCUCACCGCUGUGUCUUGGCCGCUGGCAGCCCCUUCUUCCACGACAAGCUGCUGCUGGGCUACUCGGAGAUCGAGGUCCCUCCCGUUGUCCCCAGCCAGGUGGUCCGCCAGCUGGUGGAGUUCAUGUACAGCGGCUCUCUGGUGGUGGCCCAGUCAGAAGCGCUGCAGAUCCUCACGGCCGCCUCCAUCCUGCAGAUCAAGACGGUCAUUGACGAAUGCACCCAGAUCAUCUCCCAAAGCCGUAGCCCCAAGCCUCCCACUGUCCCGCCUCCAGUGUCCCUCUCCCUUCCCAGGGUCCUCCCGGCUAAGCCCCAAGAACAGCCACCCAAAGAGGCCCUUGGCAGCGUCUCGCGGCCCGGAGACCUCGACACUUCCCACCUGGAGCCCCCCAAACUGCUCUGCGCUUCGGAGGUGCGCUACAAGCUGCGCGACCUCCUCUCCUCUUCCCAGCACAGGGAGGCGAGGGCUGCUGCCUGUGAAGGGGGCAUAAGCGAUGGGGAGGCAGGGGGCCCGUACCUCCACCCUGCCGAGGCCACACCCAGCUGCCACAGCCGCAAGCAGCGCCAGCCGGUGAGGCUGCAGCUGUCCGAGACAAUGCCUGUCAUAAUCAAGGACGAGGAGGAGGGUGUUAGUGGGGAAGGCCGUGAGGGGGUGGUGGUGGAAGAAAGGGAGGCCAAGCUUAGCUGCUUCCCCGAGUGUGGCGGGAGCGGAAGUUUCCCUGCCGGCUUCAGCAACGAGGCGGAAGCAAAGGAUUCUGGGAGCGCCGGCGGGGCCAGCAGGAAGGAGAGCCUCCACUUGGAUUACGCCACUGCUGAGGGCCAGGAUUUCUUUGGGAACCAGGAUGUAUUUUCGGAGUCCUUCAUCCCGUCCUGGCAGGGGGAGGAAAGCGGCGAAGAGGCGGCAGCUUCCGCCGCACGGGACAGGGAGAAGUUCCACUCGGACUGCAGCCUGGAGGCUUCCAACCUGAGGAGCUUGGCGGGAGAGUUCAAGCAGGACUUGGGCGGGCCCUCUGGUGCCGCCGCAGCCUUCCCGCCCCGCAGCAACAGCGGCAGCGGGGGCUUGACUUUCGUCUCCUCUCUGGGCAUCCAACGGGAGCUGAAGGCAGAGGUUAACAGCGCCAGCACGGCCACCAGCACAACCAGUAUCUUCCAGUUCCAUAUGCCUCAGCCGGCUGCAGUGGCCCAGGGCUUCUACAGCAUCCAGGCACAGCCGCCGCCGCAGCAGCAGCAAGACGCCGGAGCCAGCAACAUGGUGCAGCUCAGCCCUGGUGCCAUGGUCACAGGCCCCCUGCAUGGCGCUGGAGAGCAGCAGAGCCAACAGCCCGGCUCCUCGCGCUGCUCAGAGCCCUCCUACCAGUGUAGCCACUGCCAGAAAACCUUCAGCUCCCGCAAAAACUACACCAAGCACAUGUUCAUCCAUUCUGGCGAGAAGCCCCACCAGUGCAGCAUCUGCUGGCGCUCCUUCUCCCUGCGGGACUACCUGCUGAAGCACAUGGUGACGCACACGGGCGUGCGGGCCUUCCAGUGCUCCAUCUGCUGCAAGCGCUUCACCCAGAAGAGCUCGCUCAACGUCCACAUGCGCACACACCGCCCAGAGCGCUUCCAGUGCUGCAUCUGCAACAAGUACUUCUCCCACCGCACGCUGCUGGAGCGCCACAUGACCACCCACACGGCCUGGAAGGGCGGGCAGCCGGAUGCCCCCGGAGCCAUCGGAGUGGCUGCGUCCGCCGCCGACUGGAAAGAGAAGCCGAACAUCGCCGCCGCGGCGUCUGCCGCUGAGGGGACUAUUGCCGUCACCGCCGCGGCGUGGAAAGCGGGGGAACCGUCCGCUGAGACGGCCAUUGCCGUGUGGAAAGCGGGGGAUCCGGUCCCUGGGGAAGGCAGUAUGGGAGCCUGGAAAGGGGAAGCGGCUGGCGAAGGACCAGCUGCGGCCUGGAAAGGAGACCCAGCUUCAGAGGCAGCCAUGCAGCCUCACACAGCCUAAGGUUUUUUUCUCCCCAACCUCCGUUUAUGAAUUUUUCUUUUGUCCAACAGUUGUCACUGACUGUGGCUCCAGCAUCUUGAGAAUUAAAAAGGCUGUCCCACAUAGGAUGUUGCUUUCUCCUACUGACAGGGGCAGCCACCUGCACGAGCCAGGCUGCGAGAGUCUCAGCGUCGUCGUUGUGUCUUUAGGCCGCAGCGUCGACCGCCUGUAAAGGUUGUUGGUGGCAGGAACAUGGCUGAAUCGGCACUGGUGCUGUCCAUGCCAUUCCUGGCCCAUAGCUCAGUGGCAGAGCCCAUCCUUAGCAUGAAAGGAAGGGCAGAGCUCCAGUCGCCGGCAACUCUAGUCACAAGGAGCAGAACCGGGAAAGACCUUUGCCAGUGAGUAGACCAGGGAUGGGGAAACCUGUGGUCUUCCAGCUGUUGGAACUCGCAGCAACUGACAGUCCCAGCCAGGACGUCCUUUGGUCAGGGAUGAUGGGUGGUGGGAGAAUAGAUUUUUGCUAUUAUGGGCAGAUUAGUUGCAACAAAAAAUAAUAAAAACUCCUUCCAGUAGCACCUUAGAGACCAACCAAGUUCGUCAUUGGUAUGAGCUUUCGUGUGCAUGCACACUUCCUCAGAUACCAAAAGCUACUUUUUUUUGUUUCGACUACGUCCGACCAGCACGGCUACCUACCUGAGAUUAGUUGCAAUUAGGGAUGAUGGAAGUUGGGAGCCCCACAACAUUUUGGAGGGCCACAGGCUCCCUGUCCCUGGAGUAUAUUGUACUGGGCUCGUUGGGCCGGUGAUGUGAUUUACUGCAAGGCAGCUUAACAGCUCCAUAUUUAGCCCAAUAGCUAAAUGCCUAUGGUCAAAGGCAGGAUGCUAGGGAAUACCAGCAAAAGAAGCCUUGCUUAUGAGCAUCCCAGAGGCAUUUGGCUGGUGACAGCAGAAAGGUAGGUUCUAGAUGGACCAUUGGCCUGAUCCAACUUGGCUGCUCCUAUAAAAAGAUUUGCCACAAUAAAUGGGAAUCACAAUUUAUUUAUUCUUGGGGGGUUAUGCCAUGCUUACAGCUUAUACUGUUAGUGUCUUGCAUUUCCAAAGCAGUUGGGUUCCUGGGCUGUUUUAUUGUAAUGGAUCAACUUAUCCAAGCUGUUUCUCCCCUUCUUCAUAGGAAAUAAAGCAGUGUGUGUCUGUGUCUGUGUCUGUGUGUCUGUGUAUAUUUCUCAAGGCGGUGGAACCUCUGAUGAGAUGGUUGAAGAGGGAGCCUACCUCAGGGGCUGCAGAUGAUUAGUAGUUCAGCCCCUGGCAUCUCUGUGGAGGCGGGAGGCAGGGAAUCAGAUAACAAGUGAUGGGAAAGACCUAUCACUGUCUGAGACCCUGGAUAGCCAGACUAGACAACAUUGGGCACGGUGGACAAAGAGUCUGAGCUGGGAUCAGGCAGUUUUCUACGUCCAUAGAAUCACAGCCUCAUUCUCAGUAGAGGCUGGUCCAUUUGGGCAAACACGGCACUGCCCCACCAACCUCAGCCAGCUCCCAUGUGCCUGCCUUCUUACUUACAGCUAGUCCAGGGAGUGGUACAGGCUAUUGCCUUCAUCCUCCUGAGGCCACAUUCACACUAUAGGUUUAAAGCAGGGGUAGGCAACCUAAGGCCCAUGGGCCACAAGCGGCCCACGGGGGUCGUUUAACCGCCCCCCCCAAUCCGCCUGCUCUGCGAAUCCCCACACGCUGCGCUAAACUGGCGCGGUGCAGGGACUCGCUUCCGCAGUGCCAGAAAUUGCGUCUGCGCUCCAUCCGGCCCACGGAGGGAUCUCCGCUGGAGUGAACCGGCCCAGGUGAGGUAAACCUUGCCGACCCCUGGUUUAAAGCACUGUGAUAACAUCGUGGCUCCCCACUCCAAGAAUCCAGAAAACUGCAGUUUGUUACAGAUUGAUGAGAGUUGUCGUUGGCCUCUCAACUUGCGUCAACCGCAGCCUUCGUAGUCAGUGAUCAAGGAUGAUAGGAGCUACAGUCCAAGAGAAAAAAAAUACAUAUUUGGAAGGCCACAGGUUUCCCAACUCUGGAUUUAAGUGUCUGCCUGGUAGCCACAGGUGACAAGGGAUUGCAUGCAGGUAAGUGGGUGUGCUGGAAGAUAGAGAAGACGUCUCUCCUCUGCACUUAGUAUUGAAAUCCAGCAGGAUUCCUGAAAAAGGACUGCCGCUGCCCUAGCCCUGCAUCGAAAUGUAGUGGGCUGCUGGAAGAGCUCUCUGCCGCUCCUCUGGACAACUCCCUGCAAUGUAGUAAUUUCUCUUUUUCAGGCUGGUAAUUUGUGGGUUUAUUUACAAGGUUGGAGUAGUUCUUGCCCAAUCCUUAGUCUGGUGCUCCAGUUCUUAUUUGCGUAGCGGCUUAGUGAUGACCCAGAAGCUGCGGACAAACGCUGGCUCCCUCGGCCUAUAGAGCGAGAUGAGCGCUGCAACCCGAGUCGUCCGUGACUGGACCUAACGGUCAGGGGUCCUUUACCUUACCUUUACCUGUAUGCAAAUUAAACCCCAGUUAUCUAAAAGCUGCUCCAGAGUGAAUGUAUACUGCUACUCU